GCUCGGCCGUCAUCUGUCGAUCCCCAAAAGCCCGGGGUUCUCCUAAUUUUCCAUUUUGACACACCGAAUGCAACUGCAACCUUAACAGCUUACGCCAGUCGGCUACAAUAAUACCUUAUCGCGUGCUCGCAUGCAUGGGGUCCUUUUGCCCCAGUCCCGUAUGGUUAUUUACAUGUUGGUUGCUCCCUUCCUCCCCGCAGAUCAUGUCGGGGUAAACGCAAGCUCUUUAACACCCUUCCUCUCUUCUUUUCCCGUUUCUCCCAAGCUCUCCUGCUCCUUGCGGGGUGUAUCGCACACAAGGGUAGCGACCGAGCAGAGCCGACUGACCUCACUGCGCGAUGGCUUGGUUUUCGUCAAAAACGUCUCCAGACGAUGAGAAGAAGGCUGACACUCCCCCGCCCGUGCAGGAUGUGGCGGCGGGGGACUACGAGGAAGGGGGUGAUGAUGAAGUCAAGGACGACCUGCACAGAGGGAUGAAACCCAGGCAGCUGAACAUGAUGGCCAUUGCUGGCGCCAUCGGUACAGGCCUCAUCAUCGGCACGGGGACGGCCCUCAAAUUCGGUCCUGGCUCGCUGUUAAUCGGCUAUGCCCUAAUGGGAUUCGUUGUUUACAUUGUCAUGGUUGCCCUCGGCGAGAUGGGCGCCUGGCUGCCGCACAAGAAGAGCUUCUCGGGCUAUGCCUCACGCUUCGUGGACCCGGCCAUGGGGUUCGCGACCGGCUGGAACUACUUCUUCAAGUAUGUUAUCGUGCUGCCCAACAACCUGACGGCCACAGGCGUCCUCCUGUCGUAUUGGCUGCCGAAUCUCAAUGUGUCGGUUUGGAUCGUCGUAUUCGGCGUGGCCAUCAUUCUUUUAAACCUUAUUCACGUCUCGUUCUUCGGAGAAGCCGAGUUCUGGAUGUCGCUGAUCAAAGCCCUCGUCAUCGUGACCCUGAUUCUACUCUGCUUCAUAAUUUCACUUGGCGGGAGCCCUUCUGGCAUUCGCUCCGGGUUCUACUUUUGGGAGAACCCUGGCGCCUUCGGCCAGUACUUUGUCUCGCUCAGUGGACAGACGACCGUUAUUCCCGACGGCACUGGUCGUUUCCUGGGUGUCUGGGCUUGCAUCGUGCAGGCUACUUUCGCCUACCUCGGCACCGAACUCGUUGGGGUGGCCUUUGGCGAGACGCCGAACCCGCGCAAGAACGUUCCGCGAGCCGUAAACCAAACGCUCCUGCGCAUCGUCUUUUUCUACAUUGCCGGCGUCUUGGUACUCGGCAUGGCCGUCCCUUACAACCAUCCGAAGCUAUUGGAGGCAACCUCGAAGGGUACCAGCGGCUUGGCAUCCCCAUUCGUUGUAGCGGCCGAGAUCGCCGGUGUCAAGGGGCUGGCCGAUGCUGUCAACGGUCUGCUGCUUGUUUUCACCAUCAGCGCAGCAAACUCAGACAUUUACCUGGCGUCUCGUACCGUCUGGGCGCUAGCCAAGGAUCGCCAGGCCCCUCAGCUCAUGCAACGCACGAACAAACGCGGCGUUCCCAUCCCCGCUGUGGCUCUUUCCUCCGUCUUCAUCGCCCUCGGUUUCAUGAAUGCCUCCAAAAGCUCCGCCACCGUUUUCGGCUACUUUGUCUCGCUCGUGACCGUGUUCGGCGCGCUGAACUGGGUGGCGGUGCUAGUCAGCUACAUUGCCAUGAUCCGGGCGAUGAAGGUGCAAAACGUCUCACGGGAUGUCAUGCCAUAUCGAAACCCCUUGCUCCCAUGGGCCGCUUACCCUGCGCUGCUGAUUACUAUCCUGGUCAUUAUAUUCAGCGGCUACUCUGCAUUUAUUCCUCGCUUCCAGAUCGACAAGUUCAUGACCUCGUACAUUGGCAUACCGGUCUACGUGCUCAAUAUUCUGUGGUGGAAGUACGUCAAGAAGACGAAGCGGGUCAGGCCGGAGGAGAUGGACUUGGUUACCGGGAGGAGAUCGUGGUAGGACGUUAUAUCAGCCGUAUUUGCUACUCGAAGCAAGUUUUGUCUAGGGGUUGGAUAUUGCAUAUAGAACACAAAUAUACGUCGGCAGUGUUUCACACGAGCUUCUUUCCAUGGCCUCCUUGUCGGUAGGUAUUUGGAGCAGACUUAUGAAUGUCACCGUCCCGGGGACCCGGUAUCAUGGAUUCGACUCAUGGAUUCGACUAGAGUAC